CAGUAGUUACGGGUAUUUUGCACGGAACAUUCCAUAUAUAUGAUGAUCUAGGCAAGAAGUUUGUACAAAAUACUUAAGCAAUCUGUCACCACGUGACAACAUUAUGCUAUAUAAGGUUCCGGAUCGUCUGCUGGAUAACCAAACUACUCGGUAGUGAAGCGGACGUAAAACGUAUCAAGUAAUCGUGGCAUGCGUUUGUAGUCUAAUACUGACCGUCAAGAUUGUAUUAGAGGACUUAUAACCUGUCAGUUUACUCUGUCAACAAUACUAUACCGCGGAUAGUGUUAUAUCCUGUUACCUCUUGGACUAAUGUGGAAUUUUGCUUUUCAAACGGAUAUGUUGCCUUUGUAGUCGGACAAAAUUUGCCUUCAAUGAAAAUGACGGAUAGGACUAUCGGGUUGAAAAUCAUAAUUGUUGCAAUGGUCCUCUUACAAUCAGCCACAUCCGACGUUAAAAAUGAAUCAGUAAUGAAAGAAGGAGCAGAUCCUAACAUGGUCCUCUUACAAUCAGCCACAUCUGAGUUAAAGAGUGAGUCACUAAUGAAAGAAGGAGCAGAUCCUAACAUGUAUGGAUCUGAUCGGAAGCUCGCACUUGGGUGCCUACGAUUUGGCUAUAUUUUUACCUUCAACAUUGUACAGAGGACGUGCUAUAAGAUAAAAGCUAUAUUUCAAACAGAAUAUUUGGACGGAAUUUUAUCAUACGGUCACUUAGAGGAUAUCAAACUCAAGUACCAAACACACCAAACACAUCAACAGAUUCCAAUGGCAUCUUGUUGCGGAACAGACAACAGUCAAUUAGUCAGAAUUCUGAAGAUGAUUGUUCAAGAGAACAAAAGGAUACUUGGCGGAAUGAGGAUGCCGCCUUUGCUACAGGAGAAUGAGGAUAUCAAACUCAAGUACCAAACACACCAAACACAUCAACAGAUUCCAAUGGCAUCUUGUUGCGGAACAGACAACAGUCAAUUAGUCAGAAUUCUGAAGAUGAUUGUUCAAGAGAACAAAAGGAUACUUGGCGGAAUGAGGAUGCCGCCUUUGCUACAGGAGAAUGAGGAUAUCAAACUCAAGUACCAAACACACCAAACACAUCAACAGAUUCCAAUGGCAUCUUGUUGCGGAACAGACAACAGUCAAUUAGUCAGAAUUCUGAAGAUGAUUGUUCAAGAGAACAAAAGGAUACUUGGCGGAAUGAGGAUGCCGCCUUUGCUACAGGAGAAUGAGGAUAUCAAACUCAAGUACCAAACACACCAAACACAUCAACAGAUUCCAAUGGCAUCUUGUUGCGGAACAGACAACAGUCAAUUAGUCAGAAUUCUGAAGAUGAUUGUUCAAGAGAACAAAAGGAUACUUGGCGGAAUGAGGAUGCCGCCUUUGCUACAGGAGAAUGAGGAGGACAAAAACAAGUACCAAACACAUCAACAGAUUUCAAUUACAUGUUGUUGCGGAAUAGACCAAAAUCAUCUAGUCAGAAUUCCGAGGAUGAGUGUUCAAAAGGGAACGUAUAUGGGCGAAAGUCGUUACUGUAAUCUUUUACGACGAAGAGUCCCAAGAGUGUUUGAUUUAAAGAUCCCCCCGGGGACAUCAUUACAUAUCAAAAGAUACAAUGAUGUAGACAGCAGGCAGAUAACGAUUUCGGGCGUCACGACACUUCACAGCGUUCUAUUGACGGCGACUUUGAUCUUUGCUAUCAGCUUUGAGCACUACAAAGCAAAACUUUUUGUGAGUCAAGAUGGCGACUGGGGUUGCCGCUACAGUGGACUCAUCAUUACGUAACAUUACAUGUUUUCUUAUUGGGAAGUUGCAAUAUAACGCAACCUCCGAUAACGGCGAUAAUAAAAUAGGAUGUAAAACUACAAAAAUAAGCUGGAAGGAGCGGCCGACAUUUUGGCCUAAAGACAUUUGUUUUGUCAAUCCAAACAUGAAUCUGACAACAGCAGAGAAAUGGUCAAUGCUUUUCGCAGCUAUAUCGUGCCUUCAUAAAAAAGGCAUAGAUAAAGUCUUAUCAACAAGUGAAAAAAAAGCGUUUCGUGUCGAAAUGAUGGCAUUAGAAAGCAGUAACUUAGACAUCAUAAACCAAUGUCAUAGCCUCCGCGAACUCAUGAAACUUGAUCUGACAUGUUUGGAAUAUCCUUUGAUGAAGGAAAUAUUUCAAGAAAGAUUGCGUUCCUAUGGAUUUACCUUAGUGGAAAUGUCCUCUGGUCUGGAAUGUAACCGACUCCCUAGUGUAUACGACGACCUUGAAAAGAAAUGUAGAACUGGACAACGGCCAGAUUUUCUAAAGAAGUUAAAGUCGUUCCGCUCUAUGGAGUCAUUAGAUGCGGAAGUCGCCCUUACUGUAGCUAGGGAGUGCUUGGAACAUAAAUCAACAAGAACAAAGAGGCAAGGUUCGAGUCCGGGACCACGUGACAACAAUAAAAAGGCGAAAACCUCUCAAAACAGUUCACAGAAUGCAGGGAAGCAAGCAACCGGGACUACUGUACCGUCUUUAAUGAUACAAACGACCGCGUCGGCAAUACCUUACCCA